AAAAAAAUCGUUUUCCGUCAGUAAGCGGUAUAUUAUUCGCGACUCAAAACGUUUUUGUGCUUGAAUAUUUCGGCGUUUCUUUUCUGCUUUUACUGGUUCGUCGUUUACGGCAACCAGCUAACUGCUUUACGGCUAUCAAUUGUGGAACGUGGAGGUCAGAGGAAUGCCGAAGAGAGCGCGCGCAAGCUAGCUACAUUCAGCACCUACCGCAGUAUAGCUGUCAGUUUAACAUCGCUGUAUCUGCCAGGGGAAUCUAUAACAUUCACAAUACAAAUACGGACAAACGUCCUGAUGUGCUAACCGGGUAGCCCAAGAGAGGCUACGCUCCUGCCAGAUCAGCGAGCUAGUUAGCUACUUUUUAGCUUUUUAAUAGCUGGACACUUAGCAAACUGGCUAGCUAGCUAAUUUUGUUUUACCUGGUUCCCGUGCGUUACACAGAAAUAUGGAUAAUAAUUCACCGGGAUCGGGCGGCUCCAGAGGCGGAUUGGGCAGUCUUUUUGGAGGAGCAGCACCCGAGUACUCGAACACUGAGCUUGCCGGGGUGCCGUUAACGGGAAUGAGCCCCCUCUCCCCUUAUCUGAAUGUGGACCCCCGCUACCUGACACAGGACAGUGAUGAGUUCAUUCUGCCCACCGGGGCCAACAAGACCCGCGGUCGGUUCGAGCUGGCCUUCUUCACCAUCGGGGGCUGUUGCAUUACAGGUGCCACAUUUGGAGCUCUGAAUGGUCUUCGCAUGGGCCUGGCAGAGACCAGGGACAUGGCCUGGUCCAAACCUCGCAACGUACAGAUCCUGAACCUGGUGACGCGGCAGGGGGCCACAUGGGCGAACACGCUCGGCUCCGUGGCUCUGUUGUACAGCGUGUUUGGAGUGGUGAUCGAGAAGGCCAGGGGAGCGGAGGAUGACCUCAACACGGUGGCAGCUGGGACACUCACGGGCAUGCUCUACAAAUCCCCAGGUGGCCUGCGCGGAGUAGCGCGGGGAGGCCUGGCGGGUCUGGCCAUGUCGGGACUGUACGCCCUCUACAACAACUGGGACCACCUGAAGGGCACCUCACCCAGCCGCUUCUGAGCCCACCCACACCGCCGGGGCGCAAAGCUGGAGGAAUCCCCCCAAAAACCACGAGCUGAGCUCAACCCCAUGGCCCCAUCCACCCACCCCCUCCCCACUACCUGCACCCCACACAAUGCUGGCUGAAGUCGGCGCCAGCUCUGAGUGGGCGCGCACUGAAUUUGGAUCAGAUGGCCGACGGUUUACGGAGGAGGGACAUUGGAAGGCUUUUAUUUAUGUGUUCAAAACGCAGAAACGCUGUACAUUUCAUUUCACGGCAAUGUGAUUUUUUUUUAUAUUGAAGAGAUGAAGAAGAUUGUUGAGAUGUAUUAUAGCCCCCCCCUCCCCUCAAUCUCCGGCACGUCAAACACACAAACAGCCCACCCAUUCUUGGUGUUACAACAGUAGCGUUUUAUGUUUCUUAGAACAGGAUCAUAACAGCAGACGUUGAACAGGCUUGUAAUGGGUGUGUUGUUUUCAGACUCAGUCAACAGUACACUCAAAGGAUGCAGAAAGACUGCUUACAGAAAUGCUGAGUGUGUCACAUGCAUCACGUACAUUAAUGCAGCUUAAACCUUCCAUUUAAACUUUGCUCUGAAAUAACCUGAUAGUUGAGUCUUGUAGCUGAGAAUGCCCAUGUAACGAAACUGGUAUGUCAAGCAUCUAU